AUGUUAAAUGAGUGUUUUCACCAGUUUUCCUCAGCAUCAGGAUUAGUUGCAAACCAAGGGAAAAGUUGCAUCUAUUUUGGAGGUGUGCCAGAACAUGUGCAGCAGCAAAUAUUGGCAAGCUUGGGAUUCUCCCUGGGUGAAUUACCCUUCAGGUACUUAGGAGUACCACUGAGUGCUAAAAGACUGUCAGUUAACCAAUGUCAACCUUUACUGGACAUAAUUCUAGCUAAAGUGCAAAGCUGGACAACAAGAUUUCUAUCCUAUGCAGGUAGACUACAAAUGAUUAUAAGUGUGUUACUAUCUAUACAAUCAUUCUGGACGCAAGUAUUUCCUUUGCCAAAGAAUAUCCUAAUGAAGAUUGAAAGCAUUUGCAAAAAGUUCUUAUGGACAGGGGAGGUAGAGGGGAGCAAGAAGGCUGUGGUUGCAUGGACACAACUUUGUUGGCCAAACACAGCAGGAGGCUUGAACAUUACAGACAUAGUCACUUGGAACAAAGCAGCAAUCCUGAAGCAGAUGUGGAACCUAUGCAAUAAGAAGGACAGAUUAUGGAUCAAGUGGAUGCAUAUCUAUUAUAUAAAGAAGGAGAAAACAUGGAAUGUGAAGACCAAUCAAGCAGCAUGGACAACUCAAAAGAUUCUAAAAGCUGGGAAGUUAUACACAAAGGACAGAUUACUGAAAUGGGGGAGUAUCACAAGUGCAGAAUGUGUCUUAUGUGAAGCAGCUGAUGAAAGCCACGACCACCUGUUCUUUACAUGCAAGUAUUCAAGCAGUGUGUGGGAGAAGGUACUGAACUGGGCAGGAAUAGGAAGAAGAGCCAGGAUAUGGUCAGAAGAAAUAAAAUGGGCCAGUACAUAUGCAACGGGGAGGAAAGCAGAUGCAGCCAUCUACAGAAUGAUCCUAGCUGGAGCUGUAUAUUAUCUAUGGCAAGAGAGGAACUGGAGAAUUUUCAAAAAGAAGAAAAGGAAAGCUGAAGAAUUAGUGAGAAUGAUCGUUCAAGACAUACAUUGCAGAGGUUCAAAGUGGUUAAAAUUGGAGAAGAAGCUACAAGCACUUAAUUUCUAUCCGUAG